AUCAGGCACCUCUUACAGGAUUUUCUGUGAUCCUGGUGUCAGUGCACAUUCUGUAUCAAGACAGAGAUGAUAUGUAGAAAUCUGGCAGCUAUUUAGAAGGGAGGCUGGGCAGUGGUGUGCCAGUAUAAUUAAUGAGAGUCAUUGCUCAGGAAAUGAGGAGGGUGGGGGUUGGGAAGGAUGCCUUUCACCAUUCAAUGGCAUUUAAGAAAAAUUGAUGCUUUCUUAGCACUUUUAAUGCUGGGAGGACGUUAAGUCAAACAAUCACAGCAAAAGAUUUUUGUAACUACUGUACAGAUGGAUGUCCCUGUGCUUGAAGAAGCAGGGCUAAUUCAACCCCAGACUUUUCAGCCAGGCGGAUUUCAACCUUGUAUUGAGCUACCAGCAGGAGUUCUUUAUACUUGGAAAAGUGGUAAAUUCUUACUAAAAGAUCAUAGCUUGCAAGACGAAGAGAUCCUCUAGAAAAGGGCAAUUUGGUUUUGAUGCUGUGCCAGAAAUCUUCUGACAAUGAGUUAUUGGAACUUGGAAAAAAGGAACUGUGUGCAGUACCGCAGGCAUUUUCUGGUGGACAACAGUGUGUUUCAUGUUGAAAGAUGCAUGAGUGUAAUGCAGUCCGGGACACAGAUGAUCAAGCUGAAACGUGGAACCAAAGGGCUUGUCCGCCUCUUUUACCUGGAUGAGCACCGGACACGCCUCCGAUGGCGACCCUCUAGGAAGAGCGAGAAGGCGAAAAUACUUAUUGAUUCCAUUUACAAAGUGACUGAGGGCCGGCAGUCUGAAAUAUUCCACAGACAAGCUGAGGGGAACUUUGACCCCAGCUGCUGCUUCACCAUCUACCAUGGCAACCACAUGGAGUCCCUGGACCUCAUCACCUCCAACCCUGAGGAGGCCCGCACCUGGAUCACAGGCCUCAAGUACCUGAUGGCUGGCAUCAGUGAUGAAGACUCCCUUGCCAAAAGGCAGAGGACCCAUGACCAAUGGGUGAAGCAGACCUUUGAGGAAGCUGAUAAGAAUGGUGAUGGCUUGUUGAAUAUUGAAGAGAUACAUCAGCUGAUGCAUAAACUGAAUGUUAAUCUGCCCCGAAGAAAAGUCAGACAAAUGUUUCAGGAAGCCGACACAGAUGAGAAUCAGGGAACUUUGACAUUUGAAGAGUUCUGUGUUUUUUACAAAAUGAUGUCUUUGAGACGAGACCUUUAUUUGUUACUUUUGAGCUACAGUGACAAGAAAGAUCACCUAACUGUGGAAGAACUGGCUCAGUUUUUGAAGGUGGAGCAAAAGAUGAAUAAUGUGACAACGGACUAUUGUCUUGACAUCAUAAAGAAGUUUGAAGUUUCAGAAGAAAAUAAGGUGAAAAAUGUUCUUGGCAUAGAAGGCUUCACGAACUUCAUGCGUAGUCCUGCCUGUGACAUAUUUAACCCAUUGCACCAUGAAGUGUACCAAGACAUGGAUCAGCCCCUCUGCAACUACUACAUUGCUUCCUCUCACAAUACAUACCUGACUGGAGACCAGCUCCUUUCUCAGUCCAAAGUGGAUAUGUAUGCACGGGUGCUGCAAGAGGGCUGUCGCUGUGUGGAAGUUGACUGUUGGGAUGGCCCGGAUGGAGAGCCAGUAGUACAUCAUGGUUACACUCUCACUUCAAAAAUUCUCUUCAGAGAUGUUGUGGAGACCAUCAACAAGCAUGCCUUUGUGAAGAAUGAGUUUCCGGUUAUAUUGUCUAUCGAGAAUCACUGCAGUAUCCAGCAGCAAAGGAAGAUUGCUCAGUACCUGAAAGGAAUAUUCCGCGACAAACUGGACCUGUCAUCUGUUGAUACAGGGGAGUGCAAGCAGCUUCCAAGCCCUCAAAAUUUGAAAGGCAAAAUUCUAGUAAAGGGUAAGAAGUUGCCUUAUCACCUUGGGGAUGAUGCAGAGGAAGGGGAAGUUUCCGAUGAGGACAGUGCAGAUGAAAUUGAAGACGAGUGCAAAUUCAAGCUCCAUUAUAAUAAUGGGACCACUGAGCAUCAGGUGGAAUCUUUCAUAAGGAAAAAACUGGAGUCACUGUUAAAAGAAUCUCAAAUUCGAGAUAAAGAAGAUCCUGAUUGUUUCACAGUGAGGGCACUACUGAAGGCCACGCAUGAAGGCUUAAAUGCACACCUGAAGCAGAGUCCAGAUGUAAAGGAAAGUGGAAAGAAAUCACAUGGACGAUCCCUCAUGACCAACUUUGGAAAACAUAAGAAAACUACAAAAUCACGGUCUAAAUCUUACAGUACUGAUGAUGAGGAAGACACACAGCAGAAUACUGGCAAGGAGGGUGGCCAGCUGUACAGAUUGGGUCGCCGAAGGAAAACCAUGAAGCUCUGCCGAGAACUCUCUGAUUUGGUUGUUUAUACAAACUCCGUGGCCGCUCAGGACAUUGUGGAUGAUGGAACCACAGGAAAUGUGUUAUCAUUCAGUGAAACAAGAGCACAUCAGGUUGUUCAGCAAAAAUCAGAGCAGUUCAUGAUUUAUAAUCAAAAGCAACUCACGAGGAUUUACCCCUCUGCCUACCGCAUUGAUUCCAGUAACUUCAACCCUCUCCCCUACUGGAACGCAGGCUGCCAGCUAGUGGCACUGAAUUAUCAAUCUGAAGGACGAAUGAUGCAGUUAAACCGAGCCAAAUUCAAGGCAAAUGGCAAUUGUGGCUAUGUCCUCAAACCCCAGCAAAUGUGCAAAGGUACUUUCAACCCUUUCUCUGGUGACCCUCUUCCUGCCAACCCCAAAAAGCAGCUCAUCCUAAAAGUUAUCAGUGGACAGCAACUCCCCAAACCUCCAGACUCCAUGUUUGGAGAUCGAGGCGAGAUCAUUGACCCUUUUGUUGAAGUUGAAAUUAUUGGAUUGCCAGUAGAUUGUUGUAAAGAUCAAACCCGUGUGGUAGAUGACAAUGGAUUUAACCCUGUGUGGGAAGAAACACUGACAUUUACAGUACACAUGCCAGAAAUAGCUUUGGUUCGGUUCCUUGUGUGGGAUCAUGAUCCCAUUGGACGAGACUUUGUUGGACAAAGAACCGUGACCUUCAGCAGCUUAGUGCCUGGCUACCGGCAUGUCUAUUUGGAAGGACUGACAGAAGCAUCCAUAUUUGUACACAUAACCAUCAAUGAAAUCUAUGGAAAGAACAGACAACUCCAGGGUCUGAAGGGACUGUUCAGUAAGAAUCCUAGGCACAGUUCUUCAGAAAACAAUUCCCAUUAUGUACGGAAGCGAUCCAUUGGAGAUAGAAUUCUGCGACGCACAGCUAGCGCCCCAGCCAAAGGCAGGAAAAAGAGCAAAAUGGGCUUCCAAGAAAUGGUGGAGAUAAAGGAUUCUGUGUCCGAGGCCACAAGAGAUCAAGAUGGCGUGCUGAGGAGGACCACACGCAGUUUGCAAGCACGCCCUGUCUCUAUGCCUGUUGACAGAAACCUUCUGGGAGCUUUGUCGCUGCCUGUAUCUGAAACAGCAAAAGACAUUGAAGGAAAAGAAAACUCUCUGGCAGAAGAUAAAGAUGGCAGAAGAAAAGGGAAAGCAAGUAUAAAAGAUCCACAUUUUCUAAAUUUCAACAAAAAGUUAUCGUCCUCCUCCAGUGCUCUCCUCCACAAAGAUACCAGCCAAGGGGAUGCCAUUGUAUCUACAGCCCACAUGUCAGUCACAGGAGAACAGCUGGGCGUGUCAAGUCCUACGGGUGGGAGAACCACAUCAAAUGCCACAAGUAAUUGCCAGGAAAACCCCUGUCCCAGCAAGUCUCUCUCCCCAAGGCAGCAUUUGGCUCCCGAUCCUGUAGUUAACCCCACACAAGAUCUGCAUGGUGUGAAAAUCAAGGAAAAGGGGAACACUGAGGACUUUGUGGAAGGGAAAAGCAUCUUGUCAGGAAGCAUCCUUUCUCAUAGCAACCUAGAAAUUAAGAACCUGGAAGGUAAUAGGGGUAAGGGCCGAGCUGCAACAUCCUUUUCUUUGUCAGACGUCUCCAUGCUCUGUUCUGACAUACCUGACCUACAUUCAACUGCAAUUCUGCAGGAUAGUGAAAUUUCCCAUCUUAUUGACAAUGUCACUUUAACAAAUGAGAAUGAGCCGGGCAGUUCCAUCUCAGCCCUGAUUGGCCAGUUUGAUGAGACCAACAAUCAGGCUCUCAAAGUUAUUUCCCAUCUUCAUAAUACCAGUGUGAUGUCUGGCCAUUGUCUGUUGCCUAGCCUGGGCCUAAAAAUGCCCAUCAAGCAUGGUUUUUCCAAGGGAAAAUACAAGUCUUCCUUCCUGUGCUCAUCUCCGGAGCUGAUAGCACUCUCAAGUCCUGAGACCACCAAACAUGCAACAAACACAGUUUAUGAAACUACCUGCACUCCCAUCUCUAAAACCAAACCAAAUGAUGACCUUUCUAGUAAGGCCAAGACAGGGGCCAUAGAAAGCAACCUGCCUGGGUCCCCUAAUACUUCUCAUGGCUGGUUACCAAAAAGUCCUACCAAGGGAGAAGACUGGGAAACACUGAAGAGCUGCAGCCCUGCCUCUUCCCCGGAUUUGACCCUGGAGGAUGUAAUAGCUGAUCCCACUCUCUGUUUCAAUUCUGGGGAGAGCAGCCUUGUGGAAAUUGAUGGAGAAUCAGAAAAUCUUUCUCUAACAACCUGUGAAUAUAGGAGAGAGGGCACAAGUCAACUUGCUUCUCCUUUAAAACUCAAGUACAGUCAGGGUGUGGUAGAACACUUUCAAAGAGGUUUGAGAAACGGCUACUGUAAAGAGACCCUCCACCCUUCUGUCCCUGAAAUAUUCAACAAUAUUCAAGAUGUCAAAACUCAAAGUAUUUCUUAUCUAGCCUAUCAGGGUGCUGGCUUUGUGCAUAACCAUUUCUCAGAUUCAGAUACAAAAAUGUUCCAGACCUGUGUGCCCCAGCAGUCUAGCGCUCAAGAUAUGCAUGUCCCUGUACCCAAGCAGUUGGCACAUCUUCCUUUGCCUGCCCUGAAACUGUCCAGUCCUUGCAAAUCCAAAAGUCUGGGGGACUUAACAUCAGAGGACAUUGCCUGCAAUUUUGAGAGCAAGUACCAGUGUAUUAGUAAGAGUUUUGUUACAACUGGCAUUAGAGACAAGAAGGGCGUGACUGUGAAGACAAAGUCGUUAGAGCCUAUAGAUGCCCUGACCGAGCAGCUUCGGAAGCUUGUGUCCUUUGACCAGGAAGACAACUGCCAAGUGCUAUAUUCAAAGCAGGAUGCCAAUCAGCUCCCCCGGGCACUGGUCAGGAAGUUGUCAUCCAGAAGUCAGAGCAGAGUACGCAAUAUUGCUAGUCGUGCCAAGGAGAAACAGGAAGCCAACAAGCAGAAAGUUCCAAACCCCAGCAACGGGGCAGGAGUGGUUCUUAGAAACAAACCCUCAGCACCCACCCCUGCAGUGAAUCGCCACUCCACCGGCUCCUACAUCGCAGGCUACCUGAAGAACAUGAAAGGGGGUGGCCUUGAAGGCCGGGGCAUCCCAGAGGGGGCAUGCACGGCUCUUCACUAUGGCCACGUUGACCAGUUUUGUUCAGAUAAUUCUGUUUUGCAGACGGAGCCAAGCAGUGAUGAUAAACCAGAAAUUUAUUUUCUUUUGAGACUGUGAAUUAUAUAAAACUGCAUUCUAAAGGUUUACAAGGUAUUCCGUAGAAUGUCAGAGUUUUCGGUAAAUAAGUUCCUUGGCUUUGGAAUGAUUUUCAAAUGUAUUUUUAAACUUGUAUUUGGGUCUCCCUUUGACUUCAUGUGUUCUCCCUGUUAAUGCAUUUGUAUAUAGAUUUGGUGACAUUUCCCAUGUACCUAUUAUGAUCUUUCUCCCUUGAGUUGUUGUCAACUGUAUCAGUAUGAAAUGCGUGCAUGCCCUAGACGUGAAACUCCUCAGCAGCUCGGGUUAUAAUGUGUGUGUGUUUCACCAAGUUAUCCUUUACUGUGUCCUCAGAUUGCAGUCACAAAUGUAGUCAUUUUUACUCUCUAACUGUUGAGUUGAUUAAGAAACUUUGCAAAUGACAAAGGGAUGAAUUCCUUACUUUAAUCUGUUAUCAUUUUUCCUAUGUUUCCCUCUUUGUUGAGAAGCCCAGAUGCAUUUUUGUAACUCAGUUUUAAAAACUUUAAAAUAGUUACCUUGCCUUUUAGGAUGUUCUUAUCCCACCCAUAAUGAGAGUUGAAAGGGGAUGGAGAACUGCUCCCCAAGCCCUUCCCACUUUUUGGAAUAGGCUGUGAGGGUGUGAAGAAGAAGGCUGUCUUUUGUACAUAAGGACAAAAUUGUUUGUUUUACAUAAAUUUUGUUACAUAUUUUUGCUAAUGGCUUUGUAUGUAACAAGAAACGAGUUGCCAAACUACUUGUUGUACUUUUGAAUUUUCUGAUUGAAUUACAGACUGCGAACAAUGGCUUUCAGAAUGAGGGACUUCCAUCAGACUCUAAUGAUAAUAGUAGCACAAAUUGAAAACUUCCCCAAAGCUUUCACAGAAUAUUUUCUCAUAAUAAAAUCCAAGUGAACAGAUAAUUAGAAGAAACCCUUUUCCUUCAGGGAACCAAGCAACUCUAUUUUAGUACUGACAUGCAUUAUUUUCACUGUGAAUUCACUUUUUUAUUGCAUGUUCAGAUGUCCCUCUUUGUUUUUUUUUUUUUGUAACAUUAACUGCAAUGAUGUUCUUCCUGGAAUUCAUGAAAAUAUAAUUAAAACACAUUUUUAAACACUUGGUGAACUUUUUUUACAAUUGAAAUUCAUACGAUGACUAUUGAGUAAAAGCACUCAGAGCACUCGGACAUCCUUUCCAUGUGUUUGCGGCAAAAUAGAAAGCUAUCACGGAGGAUAGUUUUAA